CAACAAGUGCCGGAGACUAGCCGAGCCCGAGCCAUCCCCGCCGCCGACACCGCCGGGCCGCCCGUUGCGGGCGCAACGCAUGGAGCGUGAGCGACGGCGGUCGCCGGGCUGAGCCGCGCCGAGCGGCCGGGACGUGGAUGCGGCCGCGAUCUCCCGCCCCCGCCCCGCUGAGCAGGAGCUGCUCCCGGACAAGGCCAAGCAUUUUACACUCGGGGCUGGGGAGUCCCAGAACCCACUGUCUUCAUCCAUUGAGGAGGAGCAGCAAAGAGACACCCCGACGAGCGUCACAAGCGUGAAAGUUCAUCUCUGAAGAUAACAGAUACAUUUUAAACCUGGGUUGGCCGGGAGCCUCCCUCUCCCGGUUAAAACAUAUGAGAAAUGACUGUUGGACGUCGAAGAAUAAAGUUGUUGGGUAUCCUCAUGAUGCUAAAUGUCUUCAUUUAUUUGAUUGUCGAAGUCUCCAAAAGCAGUAACCAAGAAAAAAAUGGAAAGGGGGAAGUAAUAAUACCCAAAGGAAAGUUCUGGAAGAUAUCUGAACCUCCUGUGGCAUAUUGGAACAGAGAACAGGAAAAGCUGAACAGGCGAUACAAUCCCAUUUUGAACAUGUUGACCAACCAGACAGGGGAAGUAUACGGGUUUUCUAAUGUAAGCCAUCUGAAUUAUUGUGAACCUGACCUGAGGGUCGCAUCAGUAGUUUCAGGCUUUGACAAUUUGCCUGACAGGUUUAAAGACUUUCUUCUGUAUUUGAGAUGUCGAAAUUACUCACUGCUUAUAGAUCAGCCAAAUAAGUGUGCAAAGAAACCCUUCUUAUUGCUGGCGAUUAAGUCGCUCACUUCACAUUUUGCUAGGAGGCAAGCAAUUCGGGAAUCCUGGGGCAGAGAAACCAACGUGGGGAACCGAACAGUGGUGCGAGUCUUCUUACUGGGCCAGACGCCCCCAGAGGACAACCAUCCUGACCUUUCAGAUAUGCUGAAAUUUGAGAGUGAGAAGCACCAAGACAUUCUUAUGUGGAACUACAGAGACACUUUCUUCAACUUGUCUCUGAAAGAAGUGCUCUUUCUCAGGUGGGUGAGCACUUCUUGCCCAAACGCAGAGUUUGUCUUUAAGGGCGAUGACGAUGUGUUUGUGAACACCCAUCACAUCCUGAAUUACUUGAAUAGCUUAUCCAAGAACAAAGCCAAAGAUUUGUUUAUAGGAGAUGUGAUCCACAAUGCUGGGCCUCAUCGGGAUAAGAAACUGAAGUACUACAUCCCAGAAGUUGUUUACACUGGUGUCUACCCGCCGUAUGCGGGCGGAGGCGGGUUCCUCUACUCUGGCCAUCUGGCCCUGAGGCUGCACAGUAUAACUGACCAGGUCCUUCUCUACCCCAUUGAUGACGUUUAUACUGGAAUGUGCCUUCAGAAGCUUGGCCUCCUUCCGGAGAAACACAAAGGCUUCAGGACAUUUGAUAUAGAAGAGAAAAACAAGAAUAACAUUUGUUCCUAUCUAGAUUUGAUGUUAGUACACAGCAGGAAACCUCAAGAGAUGAUUGAUAUUUGGUCUCGGUUGCAAAAUGCUCAUUUAAAUUGCUAAAAUGUAUAGAAACAAAAUUUUGCAUAGAAAGACUAUAUCUUGAAUAGUUCCCACGUUAUAUUCUCUCCCAUUAGGGGUAAUGUCUAUGUUAAAUCAUCAAAAUUGCCUUUGUAAGUAGUAUCCAUUUGAGGGCCUUUAAACCCUGCAAUGUGGUACUUUGUAAAGAAGGAAAGCAAAAGAUCCUGAUAUUUUGUGGAGGAUAUUCUGGGGUGAUUGCAUCUGAUCCUUUCUGCUGGCUCAGUGGUAAUUAUUUUCUAAUUUGCUUCCCUUCUCAUCUGGAAUGAUGUCUCUGAAGUUUGACCAUUUUAAGUUAUUUUUGUUUUACCCUCAUUUGAAAAUAUUCCUACUUUCCAUUAUAAUGGGUGAAUUAUCUGCAAUUUAGGUGUUUAUGAACCUAUUGGCUACAAAGACUUUGUUAUACGUGAUUCAGUGGUUUUUGUGAAAUGGAAUUUUAUUUUUUUCUUGUGUUAGUCUAAUCUGUUAAUUUUGCAAAAUGAGAAUCACUGUGUGAUCAUUACCCAGUUUAAUCUUGUAAUGGCCUUAUGGUUAUAAUAAAGAGAAAAUUUAACUGUUCUUGUAUUUGAUUUGGGUGGUAUCAUAAUAGUUCUCCUGCUUUUAGUAUUUGAAAAUAAUGUGUACGAUUCCAUAAUGGCCAACUGAAGAUAGAACUGACCCUGGCAACCUUACUGUGUUUUAUGAUUUUUCAAUGUGGACCAGGAAAGCGUAGGUAACUUUUGAACUUCAAGUGAAGCUGCAGACCUUUUCAUGUGAUUUAUCAGUUUAAAAUUCCAUGAUUCUAUUCCUGCCGUAUUUUCACAUGUUGCUUAUACAAAAUGACUCUUCUGACUAGUGACUGCUUCCCUGUCUCGGUGUAGAAGUGCCUGUGCGUUUAUUUAUUGUUCAGAUCAAAGACCAAAACAUUUUCUUAAAUAUAUUUUGUGUAAUAUUUUAUUUGUAUACAGCGUUGUUGAUGAUAUAUUUAACUAGAGCAUGAUAUUUUUAAGUGUUAAGGUAUAAUGUGUUAAAUAAAGCUAACUGUUAUUUUGGAAUUUUAAAAAUUCAUUUUGGGGGGGCUAUGAACUACUAGAGUGAUAAAAUUCUGCCAAACUGUUGCUUAUAUAUACUAUCUUAUAACAUGCUUUCUUGAAAUAUUUUUGUGUUUGUCGAGAUGAGAAUUCUUACCAGAUGUGAUGCUGGGGACUGUAAAGAGAUGGAAAUAAAGUCGCUGUAUUUUUAA